AUGGCACGAUUUGUAAAGUUGACGUUGCUUGCUUUUCUGGUCUUCUUCAGCUCUGCUUGUGCAACUCCCUUUUCCUCAGAAAAGCACACUCACAGGAGAGAGACCAAUGCGGAUCGCUUCGCUCGUGGACUACCCCCUCUCAAGCCUGUGAAACUAUACGACCCCAGCCGAACUGGUCCAGCACUCGCACGCCGUUCUGUCACUCCUCUGACUGGAUCACUGCAAAUAACUCCUGUGGGAUCGAACACGCCGAUCUGUUGGAUGAACGGCGCUUCACAGAGCUGCACUGCUCCGUCAUCCGGUGCUGCUCCAUUCACGGCUUCUGUUGGGGCCGGAUCGCCAUCAGCCCAAGAACUUGACAUUAACUCCGGAACGUAUUCGGGCGAUAGCCUCAUAGCUUGCACGUACGAUACCGCGAACCAAGGUCCUGAUACAAACGAAUUCUUGUUCCUCACGCCGUAUAAUGGCUUGUAUACCGAUGCCGGUGCUGCUCCGAGUUAUGAUUCCGCCUCAUCAUUGUACUACGAGUCUACCAUGCAUGGCCUUUUCCCAUGUCAUCGAAGUCAUCCUCCCUAA